CUACUUCUCUCCCAACACAAUGUUGGGCAAGAAGAUUGUUUCCAUCAAAAAAUUAGCCAAAAAGGUCAAGGUUAAACGCAACCCGAAUAUAGAGCCAUCACACCAUGACUACUUGCUAAAGACAUAUGAAGAAGACGAAGGUUGCAACGAACCCAAACCAGGUUUUUUUGCGAUUUAUGUAGGUAAUCAUGAGCCACGAAGAUUUGUUGUUCCCACUGAAUACCUUUCACAUCCGUUGUUUAAAAUGUUGCUAGAGAAAGCUUAUGAUGAUGAAGAAUGGAAUAACCGGUUGGUGGUUCCAUGCAGUGUCAUGGCUUUCCAAGAAGUGGUUAAUGCGGUUGAAUGUUCCAAUGGGAUGUUUGAUCUUGGUCAUCUCGUUGAAGAGCUCAUUUAGAUACGACCUAUGAGUAAUAGAUAUGUGCACAGUUUCAAGCUGGUUUUGUCAAACAUAUCUUUAGUUUAGUGUUAAUUAGUAAGCAGCUCCCAUAUGAUUCACUUUUCAUGGUUUAGUUAUAUCUAAAGAUGUAAGAUUCGAUUCAUAUACAGGUGAGCUGUAUUUUGCUAAAUCUCAUUAGUUUUUGCUUCUUAGUUUCGAUGGUCUUCUUCAAUAUAACUGUUU